UAAGGUCAUAAUCACCCAGGCAUUAACUUCUCAAGCGUGCAACAAUGGCUGCCUCUGGCUCUUCCAAUUCUUCACCUGUUCCUUCGGGCCCCAAAAUCCUCCUGGCGAAGCCGGGUCUGGUCUCUUCAGGACCCGUUUCCGGUAAAUUCGGGCGCAGUGGUGCUGAAGACGAAACGACGGUUCAUCGAUCUCGUCUUCCAUCCCUCAAUCUCCUCUCCGAUUCUUGGGACUUCCACAUCGAUCGCUUUCUCCCGUUUUUGACUGAGAAUACGGAGUUCACUGUGGUGGGUAUAAUCGGGCCGUCUGGAGUGGGCAAGUCCACAAUUAUGAAUGAGCUUUAUGGGUUUGAUGGAAGCUCACCAGGGAUGCUGCCUCCUUUUACUAUACUAUCAGAAGAUACUAGAGCCAUGGCAAGGCAUUGUACUUCAGGAAUAGAACCAAGGAUUUCUGCUGAACGGCUUAUACUUCUUGAUACCCAGCCUGUUUUAGCUUCUUCUGUUUUAGCUGAGAUGAUGAGACCUGAUGGCUCAUCCACAGUCCCAGUUCUAGGUGGUGAAUCUUUAUCUGCUGAGUUGGCACAUGAACUUAUGAAUAUUCAGCUUGGUGUUCUACUAUCUUCCAUUUGUCACAUUCUGCUGGUGAUAUCUGAGGGGAUCCAUGAUGAUAACAUGUGGCGUUUGAUGUUGACGGUUGACUUAUUAAAACAUGGCAUACCCGAUCCAUCUUCUUUAUCCUCUUCCCAUUCACAGAACUCGAAUUUGGUUUCUGAAAAGGAGAAUAAAGAUAAAACAAAUGAGGUUGAGGAGUAUAUGGCUACUCCAGUUUUUGUGCAUACAAAACUCCAAGAUCAAGAUCUUACUCCACAUACUUUGGAGCAACUGAGGAAGGCACUUGGACAAUAUUUCAGCACCUCUUCAUUUGUUAGAAAUGGGUGUGGAAACGCUGCCAUUGAACCUGUAAAUCCAAGUACUCAAUGCAGAGUUUCAGAUUCAACGGUACCAAAAUUAUUUCUGAUCCCGCCUAAGAACAACAAUGAUUCUCCCUGUGCUCUAUCUGAAAGUUACAUCUCCUCACUAUGGAAAUUGAGGAAUGAGGUUCUAUCUAUGAACUGCCCUUCUUUUGCAAGGACCAUUUCUGAGCGUGAGUGGUUGAAAAAUUCUGCCAAGAUAUGGGAACUUGUAAAAAGCUCUCCUAUCAUCUCAGAUUAUUGUAAAAUGCUUCGAAGUUCUGGUAUGUUUAGGAAGUAGUCAGCUCAAAAUCCUUGUUUGCCAUCUUGCUAUUUUCUUGUAUGCUUUAUUAAUGAUAACUUUGAAGUAUCGAUUCCCUGACUCGGAUUUGUCUCAGCUAGAGCCCUUGAUUAUAAGUAACUUGCACCUUAGAAUUUGA